AUGAUGAAAUUAUUAUAUUUAACAUUAAUAGCCAUUGUUUUAUUACAAUCAUUAACUUUUGUUAAUGGUGAUGAUCAAGUUUUUGGAAAUCAAAUUAAUAUAGGACCAUGUAAAUUCAAUAGUUUGGUACAAUUGAAUUUCAGUUAUGUUCCAAUGCCAACUGGAAGCUAUGAUAUCAGUGGUAUUCAAAUUAUGCUUUUGAAUGAAACCAGUGGUAAACCAUAUCAAAAGGAUCUGCUAAAGAUUCUAUCGGUUGAUGUCAUCGUUGACAAACCCGUUGUAAAGAAGAUAUUCUCUUUCACCUUGUCCAAUAUUGUGACACCAAUUGUAUUGCCAUCGCCAUACGUUGUUUCGAUUUUCGAUAAUACAUCGACAACCAUCCAAUUGAGCUAUUUCUCUUUGGACAAUAGUACUAUUGAUCCAGUCGAAUUGCACUUGGCAUACUUUAUCAAAUAUACUCCAUCGAACGAGAGUAGAUCGGUGCCAGUCAUGAGAACUGCCAGUUCAGCAACCGCCAACUUUGGACCAUUCAAUGUUCCAGGCAAGGGUGGUUUGUUCCGUCAACAAAACAGUGCCAAGUGGCUUCAGGACUUGGAUGCCGUCUACUUCCAGACUUCCGCUUCUACUGGUGUCGUCAAUAUCACAUUCACCAACAACGCCACUGGAGAGGUCAUUUGUAAAUCUACACCAAUCUACAAGGCUGGUAAAUUGUACUCCAUGUCGCCCUGUGACGCUGUCGUACCAAUCACCAAAGGUACCACCUACAACACUAUUGCCUAUUACUCCAAUGCCAAGCCUUUGAAGAGUGUAUAUGCAUUCUUUAGCAUCUAUGUAUCGAAUAUACUUGCUCCAACCACAACCACUGGAUCAACAGCUUCAUCUUCUGGAUCAUCUACCAGUGGAUCAACAGUUACCUCCACAACAGGUACCUCAACAUCCACUACCUCAACUGGAAAUGAUACUACUAUAGGUACUACCAUCACUGGUCCAUCAGUUGGAACUACAAUUGGUACUACUAUUACUACUACAACUACUACUACUGACUCAACAACUUCAACCACCUCAACAACUGGUACUACAACUUCUACUACUUCCACUGGUCCAUCUGUUGGAACUACCAUCGGAACAACAUCAACAACCACUAGUACUACUGAUACACCAACCAUCACUACAUCUACAACAGGUCCAGCUGUUGUAACUACUGUAUCUACAACAGCAACCACAGGUACAACUGUCAACCCAACUUCAACUCAUGUUGUAACUUCUACUGGUCAAACCACUACCACCGUCAUUCCAACUACAACUCAUGUUGCCACUACAACUGGUCAAACUACAACCACUGUAAAUCCAACAACGACUCAUGUUGUAACUUCUACUGGUCAAACAACAACAACAACAACCAUCAAUCCAACUACAACUCAUGUUGUUACUACAACUGGUCAAACUACUACCGUCAAUCCAACAACUCAUGUUGUAACCUCAACUGGUCAAACUACUAUUUCACCAACCUCAACACAUGUAGCUACUUCUGUUUCUACUGCCUCAACCACACACGAACCAAUUACCGCUCUUUUGACAUCCCUUGUUAGUACAGCAACCCAUAGCAACACAGGUCCUGCUACUCAUGGUACUACUUCAGGUCCAGCCACCCAUGGUACUACUGGUGGUCCAGCAACAUCAGGUGGUUCUUCUGGAAAGACAUCAGGUGGCUCAUCAGGUGGUUCCUCAGGAAAGACAUCUGGCGGUUCAUCCGGUAAAACUCAUGGAGGUACCCACGGAGGUUCUCAAGGUGGUAGUGCAGGUUCAGGUGGUCACAGUUCAUCAUCGACCACCCAAUCAGGUACUUCAGGAUCAUCCGGUUCACAAUCAGGUUCACAAUCAGGUUCACAAUCAGGCUCACAAUCAGGAUCGCAGUCUGGAACAUCAGGUUCACAAUCAGGAUCACAAUCAGGAUCACAGUCAGGUUCACAAUCAGGAUCACAAUCUGGUUCAUCUGGAUUCAUCACCACUCAUACAGGAUCUGGAACUGGUUCACAAUCUGGUUCUUCAUCUCAACCAACUGGUGCUGCCUCUGGAGUUACUGGAUCAUCAUCACAACCAACCACCUCUGGAAUCACUGGAUCAGGUAGUACUGGAACAAGUUCGACCGGUAGAACCUCUGGAGAUUCUAGUGGUCAGACUACUGGAACUGCUUCGACAAGCGGUCAAUCCACUGGUACUUCAGAUACUUCAUCAUCGACAAGUGGCCAAACUACAGGAUCUGCAUCGACUAGCGGACAAACUACAGGAUCUGCAUCGACUAGUGGACAAUCUACAGGUACUUCAGAUACUUCAUCAUCGACAAGUGGCCAAACUACAGGAUCUGCAUCGACAAGCGGACAAACCACAGGAACUGCUUCGACAAGUGGUCAGUCCACAGGUACCUCAGAUACCUCAUCAUCGACAAGUGGUCAAACCACAGGAUCUGCUUCAACAAGCGGACAAACUACAGGUUCUGCAUCGACUAGCGGACAAUCUACAGGUACCUCAGAUACCUCAUCAUCGACAAGUGGUCAAACUACAGGUUCUGCAUCGACUAGCGGACAAACUACUGGAUCUGCUUCAACCAGCGGUCAAACAACAGGAUCAGCAUCAAGUGGAUCUUCAACUGGUGGCGAAACAACUGGAUAUACUUCAGGUGGAUUGGCAGAGGAUGCCAAAUUCAAUUUCAAAUCGAAUAAUAAGAGAUUAAGAAUGAAAUUCUAUUAA